UUGUCAGAAGUCAGAUAUGAAGAAAAAACGUACAUGGAAAUAUAGAAUCUGAAUUCUGAUUCUGAUAUUUAAUAAAUCAUAAUUUUAUGUUGAAUUAGAAUGAUAAAUUAAUCACUCUAUAUAAUUAUGGAUCAUCCAUUAUCCUUGAAAUUGGCUUCUCUAAGCCUCGUUUCUCAGCACAAACUAGAAUGUAUUUUAUCUACAUGUGGAAAUAAAAUAGAUUUUAUUAUUGAUCCAAUGCUUAUAAAGCCUUUAGAAAGGAUUUGUGGAGUUACUUGGCUUAGACAACAUGGAGUUGAUAAAAUCUACAAAAUGGAUCCACAACUAGGUGCAACAGCCAAUACUAAAAGAGCAUACUUAAUACCUGCAUGCCUUCAUAAGUAUAAAUGUGUACUAGACCAGAUAGCUUCAGUACUGAGUCUAAAUCCAUCUCUUUCGGAAACCAAGUGUUUUCACAUUAUAAUAGUCCCUAAAACUAUGUCUACAUAUGACUCUAUACUUGAAAGUAAAGGCUUAUAUGAUAUUGUGCAACUACAUUCAUUUUCCUGGGAACUAUUUAAUUUAGAUGACCAAUUGUUGAGUUUAGAAUUACCUUUUCUAUACAAGCAAGUUUUUGUUGAGCAAAAUCAGUCACUGUUGAGUAGUAUUGCUAUGUCAUUGUGGAGUUUGUUUCAUGUAACAGGCCGACCUAAGUGUAUUUUAUCUCUUGGUAAAGUUUCAUCAAGUGUUUUGGAUGUUUUGGAAGUAUAUAAAGAAAGUUAUCAAAGGGAUUUCAUUAAUGUAGAUAAAAGUCAAGAUUUUGGAUCAUUAAUUAUUAUGGAUAGAGAUCAAGACUAUGCAUCUAGUUUGCUGACACCUGCCACAUACACUGGCCUUUUAAAUGAAAUAUUUAGUAUUAACUGUGGGCAAUUAGAUCUAAAUGUUAAGGAAACAAAAAUAAAGAAAGGUAAGGUAAACUUCACAACGGAGGAAAAAUCUGAUAAAAAAACUGUUAUAACAUUAGAUAGUUUCACUGAUACCCUAUAUGGGGAAAUAAAACAUAGACACUUCUCAGAAGUUUUAAGUGUUUUAAGUUCUAAAGCAAAACUAUUAAAAAAUGAGGACAUUAAAGCUUUAGGUAUUCAAGAAAUGAAAGAUUAUGUCACUACAAAAUUACAACAGGUUACUCUAUUUAAACAUAAUUUAGUUAACCAUGUAUUAGCUUGUGAAACAAUUAUAGCAGAAAUGAAUAAUAAAUUUGAAAAUUUGACACAAACAGAAUGUGAAAUGUUAAAUAAUCGAAAUAAGAAAGGAAAUUAUACUUAUGUAGAUGAGCAUUUUGGUACGGAUAUUCAUGUUUAUAAUAGCUUACGUCUUAUGUGUUUGUUAAGUUUAACCCAAGGUCUGUCUUAUGAUGAAUACAAUUCAUUAGUUAGUAAAUAUUUAUUAGCUUUUGGAUAUAAGUUUUUGUAUGUUUUUAAUAAUUUAAUCAGUGCCGGACUGUUAGUGCAGCCAUCUAGUCCAAAAUUAUCUCUCAAUAUUAGCCAUUUAAGUAACCUAAGUGAAAGAUUACCCAAAUGGCAGACUGCUUUUCAGAAUACUGCAAAUAAACUCAAGCAACUACCACAAACUGAAUCUGAAAAUUCACCUGGGUAUGUCUUUAAUGGUAGUUAUAUUCCAUUAGUUGCUGCUAUGUGUAAUACUUUACUGACAUCUGAAUCUCUUCUUGAAGUACUAAACAAACUAUCCCCAUUAAAUGAUUUAAAAGUUGGGGGUGCUAUUAUUGAUAAACAGAAAAUAGGAAUGGAGACAUUAAACGAGAAAUUAUCAAAUUUAUCUUUAAAUAAUUUUGAACUCAGUUGUAAAGAUGCAAAGACAAUUUUGAAAACAUUAAAAAGUGACAGUAAAAUGAAUGGAGGAAUUAAUAUAAAGCCAAGAACAGUAUUGGUAUAUAUUAUUGGUGGAGUAACAUAUGCGGAAAUUGCUGCUUGUGACGUAAUACAAACUAUUACAAACAGUAAGAUAUUCAUUGCCAGUGAUUGUGUAUCUAGUGGCAGUGAUGUUAUGGCUGCAAAUCUAUAAGCAAUUAAUCAGUUUAAUUUAAGAUUUAAUAUUAUGUAAAUAUGAUUGGUAUUUAUAGAAAAAGAACAUUUUUAAUUAUUUGAAAAUAUAUAAUUCCAUUAUCACAGUAGAAAAUUAUCUUAUAUUAAUUAUUAAGAUAUAUUUAAAAAAUAUUUAUUACUCACAUUUAUUAUAAAAAAUAUUUUUAGCUUAGUGACAAAUAGAGCUGAAAUGUACUCUACAUUACAGACAACACUAUUAAAAAUUAUUAAUCUGAAUUAUAUAUCAUUAUAAAACACAAAAAGCGGUAUAAAUCAAUAAGGAUACCAGGUGGCAUUUGUUUUUUGGUUUUAUAAUAAAUACAAAAACACAGGACAAGGUAUUACCAUAACAU